AUGGACUCGUUUGUUGAUUAUUUAGAACAGAAUUUGAUAAUUGAGGGGAAAAGUUGGAAUAAGACUCAAGCGAGUGAGGUAUUGUUUAUAACGUUACAAAUAUCUAGAUGUAAAAAUUUAUUACAAGCAUGCAAUAAUGCAAUAUUAAGAAAUCCAAAGACAUUUUUUAGUUCAAAAGAAUUUUUAUUUAUACCAAAACAUUAUUUAAUAAAAAUAUUAGAUAGAGACAUAUUAGGAUUAGAAGAGAUAGAUAUAUUUGCAGGAGUUAUUAUGUGGGGAAUAAAUAACACACCCAAUUUAUCGCAUUUUGAUGAUUUUAAAUUAUGGACAUCUGAUAAUGUUACAUCAUUAAAAUCAACAAUAAUUCAGUUUCUAAAUAAGAUUAGAUUUUUUCAUAUGCAACCUGAAGAUUUCGUUAGCAGAGUUGGGCCUUUAAUAAAAAUAUUUUCACCGGAAUUAUACGAACAAAAAUAUUCAAUGUUGCCAUUUAAUUUUCAUUUAAUAUUUAGGACUAAUGGAAAUGAAUUGAAAGAAGAAACCGACACUAAUAAUAGCAUAUGGAAACAAUAUUGUCACGAUCAAGGACCAACAUUAACGGUCAUUAGAACAAAAAAUAUUAACGAUGAUGAAGUUGUAUUUGGUGGAUUUAAAUCAGUUAGUUGGUCAAAUCGGGAGGAUGAAAAUGUUGGGGGUGGGGGUAAAGGUUUUAUAUUUGGAUAUUUAUGGCAAGAUGAUAAAUUAUUAUUACCUUGGAUGUUACCUGUAGAAAAUCAUUUUCACGGUGAUAGAAUUUUGGGAGAUGGACAAUUAUUAUACAUUGAUUUUACAAAUGGUAAUCAAUUAUUAGCUCAUGCAAAUGGUUGGAACUUAGAGGCUACUAUAGAGGAAUUAGAAGUUUUUAAGGUUGUACGCAAAAACGUAUAA